GUGAGACUCAUGUGACAGAGGUAGGUCAUUGCGAGCGAGAGUCAGGGGUUUAUUUAACACGUAGCGCUGUCCUCCCCCACUUUCCCAACGCGCAACCAAGACUAGUGCAUCUGCGGGACUCCCUCUUGAUUGACUACGUGGAGAUCUCCGGGACACUGCUCCCAUUAUGCGAUAAAUAAUCAUAACAACAACAAUGCAAAUGUAAAAUAGAUUACUUAUCUCUACAAAUUGGAGGAAAUAGUGAAAUAUCUUUGUGAAAAAUUUCAAGGACUAUUUACUUUCAUUCAAUUUCAUAUGCGUUCUUGAGUGAAAACAUUGGAAAAACAAGCUUGCCCUUUCCUGCGUCAUUUGGAGUAGCUUAAAGAGAAUGGAAAUGGAAAGGAUUCCAAGUGCGCAACCCACCCCCAAGCACCAGCAGGCUGAGCUGUCUGACAUGCAAGGGAUGGAUUUCCCUAUGUAUGUAUACAAAUCCCGUCGGGGAAUGAAACGAGGAGAUGAUAGCAAGGAAACCUACAAACUGCCUCACCGACUAAUCGAGAAGAAAAGGCGUGACAGGAUAAACGAGUGCAUCGCUCAGUUGAAAGAUUUAUUGCCCGAGCACCUGAAACUUACAACUCUUGGCCAUCUGGAGAAGGCUGUGGUUUUGGAGCUCACGCUUAAGCAUGUGAAAGCUCUAACCACUCUACUGGAAAACCAGCAGCAGAAAAUCCUCAGUCUGCAGAAUGGCAUGCAAAUCGAGCAGUCCUCUCCCAGCCAGGAGAACAGUGAGGAGAUCUUCCGCUCAGGCUUCCAUGUCUGUGCCAAGGAGGUGCUGCAGUACCUGGUCAACCAGGAGGGUCACGGUGACCUUACACCCUCCCACAUGGUCAACCACCUGCACAAGGUGGCCGCUGAGGUCCUCCAGGGUCCUCCCCGUAGCCCCUGCAAACCCCGGCCUGAAGAGACCACCAGCCACUACCAACAUCAUCAGGCCCACAGGGAGAAGCCUGCAGGCCAGCCCCCCAAGCCCAGUGAAGGGCAUGGGAAGAACUGCGUUCCCGUCAUCCAGCGGAGGUAUGCCCAUGCGGGCGGCGAGCAGAGCGGCAGCGAUACAGACACAGACAGCGGCUAUGGUGGCGAGCAGGUUGAGCAUCUGGCGUCGCAUGCAGGGUACUACGGCCAGGAGAGACAGCUGAAGAGGGCGCUGGGCGAAAAGAGGGCAUCAUUUUGCAUUAAGCAGGAAGAUGAGGCGUGCCACAAACGCAGCCGGGUCGAGUCAUCCGAGGACGAGUCUCUCUCAGGCGGAGAGUCGUCCUCAUCCUCCUCCAGCGGCCACGGCAGCUACAUGAGCGCCUACUCCCCUCACCAGGCCCAACCUCAUCCCCUCUGCAUGCCCUUCUACCUCAUCCCCCCCUCUGCCGCUGCCUAUCUGCCCAUGCUGGAGAAGUGCUGGUACUCAGGGGCCAUGCCCAUGAUUUACCCUGGCCUGGUGGGCUCUGCGCAGGGCAUGCCUAGUGACAGGCAUGUCCCCUCUCCCUCGAUCAUGAUGUCCCCCAGGGGGCGCUCUCCCUCUCCCCCCACCGUAGCCCAAAGCCCCAUGGACUCCCCAGCCUUCCUCCAAGUGUUAAAGCAGGUACUUCCCAUGAACCUGGAAACCAAAGACUGAGAGACCACUGAACACUUACACAGAAAAGUGUUAUUGAACAUAGACUGCUAUGCUGAGAGGGUACACGGAGGAGAACAUGACCGGACAGUCAGAUCACCCACCACCACCCCUCUCCCCUCAUCCCAAAAGUCAGAAGACAGAAGGGAGACAGACAGAGUGCAUGCAGAAGGUCUGGUCCCAGACCGGUGAGGCAUAAUCCACAGCUGCAAACAGAAAAAGAGAAUAAAAGAAAGAGGGAAUGUGUGGAUGGAAGACAGCUCAACCUGUUUCCUAACCCUCUCUGAAUGUUUGACUUUAUACCCCCACCAGAUUGCUGAGUGCAACAUUGACCCCACUGAUCUGGAUACACACACACAUACACACACGGUUGAAUGUAUAAAUGUAAAAAAGUGGCAAUCCCGUAGAUGCUGCUGUUGAGGUUUCUACAUGCUGUGGACACUGACAGGGCUCAGCUGUACACACACCGUCCUUGUAAACCAUGUCACACCAAAUGUCAAUAGUCACCAUUCACCCAAAGGUUGCUGUCUAUUUACCUUAGGUCACCAUUGCCAUCACUGACAAUGCGCUUUACCCCAUUCCCUAUGAAGACAACAAACAUCCUGAGUGAAAUUAUUUCCCUACUGUAUGGAGUUAGUGAGGUCAUCAUGUGACCAUGUCAAGUUGGGAAUUCACUGACAUUUUAGAGGGACUCUUUGUAAUUAUUGUUUAUACUUCUUGUACAUCUCUAUUUUUGAUACGUGUCCUUGCGCUCGAACCAGAGAGAAAGGUUGGACAGUCGUUUUACCGCAUAAUAACUCAGAAAUCAUGUACAUACUGUAGCCCUGUGCUGACCCUGAUCUGCAAUCUGAUUAUGCUCAAGUCAAACCUGGAGUUUAUCAUACUGUUGCCUUUUACUUGUGAACCACUGAUAAAAGAAAACAUCAGAUGUUUAUGAAAUGUAUUUGGGAGUUGGCGAGAAGUGAAUGUAUAUGUUUUAACAGAAGAUUCGUUUUCUAUAGAAAGAGGUACUUUGAUAUUUUGGGACCUACCAGAAAGAUGUUUGAUGUACAUAUUUUGUCUAUAAAUGUUGACAUACAUUAUAUAAGCGUAUUAAUAAAGUAUUUUAUCUGCUUGGUUCAUCA